GCGGCAGGGCGGGGUGGGGAGGGGAUUGCACCCGCCAUUCUGCUAACUUACUACUGCUCCUAGUGCUGCUCGCCGUAUUGGCAGGGGCUAAUAAGCUCCCCCAGACCUCGUGACUUACACCCGACCUCUCCGUCCUACAACCUCUUUCGAUCGCACCGAGCUUCCUUUCACUUCUUUCCAUACCUCCCACAUCCCUCUUCACCUCACCCCCCUCAACCCUCAAAUCCCCUCCCCUCACUUCCCCUCUCGGUCAACUAGCCUCUGUCGAAGCUGCGCAUCGCUCGUCACCAUGUUGUUGGACUACUUGCAGCAUCGCCGGGACUGCCGGUUCAAGCAGGAUGAGCGUGUCAGUCGUAUCAAGGCGCUCAAGGCCUACCACGCCCCCUUCAGCGUCCUCGACAGGCAAACCGUCAACAGGCCCAUCGAGGAGCUUGUCAACGAGGUGCACAAGGACCCCAGCAAGGCCGCGGAUCUUCUCCUCACCUACGGCAAGAUAGCUCUCAAGGCUCACGAAAAGACCAACUGCGUCACCGAGGUUCUCAUCAAGGAUGCCGAGAAGUGGAUCAAGGAGGGCUCCAUCAACUUCAAGGGUUCCCUGGCAGGCAUUCCCGUCAGCCUCAAGGACACCAUUGAUGUCAAGGGCUAUGACAGCUCCGUCGGCAUGACCUGCAAUGUGCACAAGCCUAAGGCUGAGGAUGGCCCGAUGGCGCGAUUACUCAAGGAUAUCGGCGCCGUGCCCUACGUCAAGACGAACAUCCCUGUCACCCUGCUCAGCUUCGAGUCUGCAAACGAUAUCUGGGGCCGGUCCACGAACCCGUACAACAGCAAGUACAGCCCGGGCGGCUCAACCGGCGGCGAGGGCGCUCUCCUCGCUCUUGGUGGUCGCAUUGGCAUCGGCAGCGACGUCGCUGGCAGUGUGCGCUGCCCCGCCCACUUCUCCGGCAUCUACGCGCUCAAGUGCUCGACCGGCCGCUGGCCCAAGCUCGGCAUGACCACCAGCAUGCCCGGUCAGGACGGUGUUCCUGCUGUCUACAGCCCGAUGGCUCGCACGAUGAAUGACCUCAUGUAUUUCACCCGCGCCGUUCUGCAGCAGGGCACCUACAACUACGACCCUUCCUGCCAUCCCAUACCUUGGAGAACGGACGUCGUCACCGAGUACAAGGAGAAGAAGAAGAUGCGCGUUGGCGUCUACCGUACGGAUGGUGUCAUUGACCCCAGCCCCGCCUGCAGGCGAGCUCUCGAGAUGACGGAGGCGGCGCUGCGCAAGGCUGGCCACGAGAUUGUGGAAAUUGAGCCCCCUUCAGGAUAUGAAGGUCUCUACUUGGCUUCCAGGUUGCUUUGUGCCGACGGUCUGGAUACUGUCAGUGGUUUCUUCGCGUCGGGCGAGUGGAACGACCGCGGCGUCGCGCAGAUGCGGUAUUACGCCAAGCUUCCUCGGUUCGUCAAGUAUUUCCACUACCUCUACCUGCGAUACAUCCGCCGCGAUCCUCUAUGGGCCGGCCUUCUCCGCGACUGGCACCCGACGACGACGCACGAGUACUGGAGCCUCAUCUCGCGCAGAGAGAUGUACAAGCGCCAGUGGUUCGAGAUGUGGCAGACUGCCAAGCUUGACUUCAUCAUUGCACCUCCCAACGCCACGCCGGCUGUCCCGCACGACGGCAUGCACGACGCCGUGAGCAGCUGCGCUUACACCUUCCUCUUCAAUCUGAUUGACUAUACUGCCGGCGUCAUCCCCGUAACCCACGUCGAUAGGAUCAAGGACAGACUCCCCAGCACCUUCAACGUCAAGAAGCUCAACGGCAUUGCCCGCGGCGCGUACAAGCUCUACGAUGCAAACGCCAUGCACGGCCUGCCCGUCGGUGUGCAGGUCAUUGGACGACGGCUGGAGGAAGAGAAGGUCCUGACGCUCAUGGAGCGGGUGGAGGAUGCUCUUGGGGAUGACGCAUUCAAGCUGCUGGAGCUAGACUAGACGGCGAAUUUCCCUCUUGCGCUCAAGAGAGAAGGGUGACAUGCAACGUGGCGACGAUGUGUAUACCUAGCGGAAUUGGAAUGUUUUCAUUUACUUCCUAAUGCCGAUGUCGCCUUCAUAUGAGCGAGCCUAGGAGAGGACGAAUCCACUGG